AUGGGCGAACUUCGUGCUCUCCGUGAGCUUCGUGACUUGCGGGAGCUUUGUGAGCUGAGGGAAAUAAGGGUAUUGAGGGAGUUGUCGGUUUCCACGGGGGUCGUGGAGUUGGAGAAGACGUCUGAUCUUCCGAGGUAUGAGCUUGAUGGGGGUGGGGAGAAGUUGAGAAAGGAGAGGAGCAAACACGGUGAUGAUAGGGGUUAUCAGCAUACAAGAAAGGUCUAA